CGUACAGCGUCACCAUGGGAGACGCGCAGAUGGCCGUGUUUGGGCCGGCCGCAUCGUUCCUCCGCAAGUCGGACAAGGACCGCAUGGAGGCGUCCAUGCGGGUGUUCGACAUGAAGAAGGAGUGCUUCGUCCCAGACCCGGUGGAGGAGUUCGUCAAGGCCUCCGUCAUCAGCCGGGAAGGAGACAUGGCCACCGUGGAGACAGCGAACGGCAAGACGGUCACACUCAAACAGGUGGAUCUUCUGCAACAGAACCCUCCCAAGUUUGACAAGAUCGAGGACAUGGCCAUGCUGACCUUCCUCCACGAGCCCGCCGUGCUGUUCAACCUCAAAGAGCGUUACGCAGCGUGGAUGAUCUACACGUACUCGGGGCUGUUCUGUGUGACGGUCAACCCCUACAAAGCGCUGCCCGUCUACCACCAAGAAGUGGUGGUGGCCUACAGAGGAAAGAAGAGGAGUGAAGCUCCUCCUCAUAUCUUCUCCAUCUCUGACAACGCCUACCAGUACAUGCUGGCAGACAGAGAAAACCAGUCAAUUCUGAUCACUGGAGAAUCCGGUGCAGGAAAGACUGUCAACACCAAGCGUGUGAUCCAGUAUUUUGCCAGCAUCGCCGCUUCAGGCAAGAAGGAAACCAAGAAGGAGGGUACAUUGGAGGAUCAAAUCAUCCAAGCUAACCCAGCUCUAGAGGCCUUUGGAAACGCUAAAACGAUCAGGAAUGACAACUCCUCGAGAUUUGGCAAAUUCAUCCGAAUUCAUUUCGACACGCGAGGGAAGCUAGCCUCUGCCGAUAUUGAAACAUACCUUCUGGAGAAAUCUCGUGUGACCUUCCAGCUCAAGGCUGAGAGAGAUUACCACAUCUUCUACCAGAUUCUGUCACAGAAAAAGCCUGAACUUCUUGAGAUGCUUCUGGUCACCAACAACCCAUAUGACUACGCCUUCAUCUCCCAGGGGGAAACCCAAGUCGCCUCCAUCGACGAUGCAGAAGAACUGAUGGCAACAGACAGCGCCUUUGAUGUGCUGGGCUUUACUCAAGAGGAGAAGAACUCUGUGUACAAGCUGACAGGGGCCAUCAUGCAUCAUGGCAACAUGAAGUUCAAGCAGAAGCAGCGAGAGGAGCAGGCGGAGGCUGACUGCUCUGAGGUGGCUGACAAAGUUGCCUAUCUGAUGGCCCUGAACUCUGCGGACCUCAUCAAGGCUCUCUGUCAUCCAAGAGUCAAAGUAGGAAACGAGUGGGUCACAAAGGGACAAACAGUCGACCAGGUGAGCUACGCUGUUGGAGCUCUGUCUAAAGCAGUGUACGAGAAGAUGUUCCUGUGGAUGGUGGUGAGAAUAAACCAAUCUCUGGAGACCAAGCAGCCUCGCCAGUACUUUAUUGGCGUGUUGGACAUUGCUGGAUUUGAGAUCUUCGACUACAACACCUUCGAGCAGCUCUGCAUCAACUUCACCAAUGAAAAACUGCAACAGUUCUUCAACCACCACAUGUUUGUGCUGGAGCAAGAGGAGUACAAGAAAGAGGGCAUUGAAUGGACUUUCAUUGACUUUGGUAUGGACUUGCAGGCCUGUAUUGAUCUGAUUGAAAAGCCCAUGGGCAUAAUGUCCAUCCUUGAAGAGGAGUGCAUGUUCCCUAAGGCCAGUGAUGCCACAUUCAAGGCCAAGCUAUAUGACAACCACCUGGGGAAAUCCAACAACUUCCAGAAGCCUAGGCUUGUCAAGGGGAAACCAGAGGCCCAUUUUGCCCUUGGUCACUAUGCUGGUGUCGUUGAUUACAACAUCAAUAAUUGGCUGGUGAAGAACAAGGAUCCCCUCAAUGAAACUGUUGUGGGACUUUACCAGAAGUCUUCCCUCAAGCUACUUUCUGUCAUUUUUAUUGGCUAUGCUGGAGCCGAAUCGGCAACGACGGAUAAGAAGGAGAAAAAGAAAAAAGGGGCAUCAUUCCAAACUGUGUCGGCUCUUCAUAGGGAGAACCUGAACAAGCUGAUGACCAACUUGAGGUCUACUCACCCUCAUUUUGUCCGCUGCAUCAUCCCCAAUGAGAGCAAGAUUCCUGGGGCCAUGGAGAACCCUCUGGUGAUGCACCAGCUACGCUGUAAUGGUGUGCUGGAAGGCAUCAGGAUCUGCAGGAAGGGCUUCCCCAACAGGAUCCUGUAUGGGGAUUUCCGACAGAGAUACCGCAUCCUGAACCCUGCUGCUAUCCCUGAGGGACAGUUCAUCGACAGCAGGAAGGGAGCAGAGAAGCUAUUGGGCUCUCUGGAGAUUGAUCAUAUUCAGUACAAGUUUGGACACACCAAGGUGUUCUUCAAGGCUGGUCUGCUGGGUCUGCUAGAGGAAAUGAGAGAUGAGCGUCUGUCAAAGAUAAUCACUGGGAUUCAGGCCAGAUCUCGGGGCCUCUUGUCUCGCAUUGAGUACCAGAAGAUCGUGGAGCGCAGAGAUGCACUACUGGUAAUCCAGUGGAACAUCCGUGCCUUCAUGGGAGUGAAGAACUGGCCCUGGAUGAAGCUGUACUUCAAGAUCAAACCUCUGCUGAGAUCGGCAGAGUCAGAGAAAGAGAUGGCCAACAUGAAGGAAGAAUUCCUGAAGUUGAAGGAGGCUUACGCAAAGUCAGAGGCUCGCAGGAAGGAACUAGAGGAAAAAAUGGUGUCACUUCUCCAAGAGAAGAACGACCUGCAGCUCAGUGUUCAAGCUGAGCAAGACAAUCUUUGUGAUGCAGAAGAGCGAUGUGAGGGCCUGAUCAAAAACAAGAUCCAAUUAGAGGCCAAAUCUAAGGAGCUAACUGAAAGACUGGAGGAUGAGGAAGAGAUGAACGCUGAACUGACAGCUAAGAAGAGGAAGCUGGAGGAUGAGUGCUCUGAGUUGAAGAAGGAUAUAGAUGACUUGGAGCUAACGCUGGCAAAGGUGGAGAAAGAGAAGCAUGCAACUGAGAACAAGGUGAAGAACCUAGUGGAGGAAAUGGCUUGUCUGGAUGAAAUCAUUGCCAAGCUCACCAAGGAGAAGAAAGCCUUACAGGAGGCUCAUCAGCAAACGCUGGAUGACCUACAGAGUGAGGAAGACAAAGUCAACACUCUGACCAAGGCCAAAGCCAAGCUGGAGCAGCAAGUGGAUGAUCUCGAGGGAUCUCUUGAGCAAGAGAAGAAGGUCCGAAUGGACCUUGAAAGAGCCAAGAGAAAGCUGGAGGGGGACCUGAAGCUGACCCAGGAGUGUGUGAUGGACCUGGAGAAUGACAAGCAACAGCUGGAGGAGCGUCUCAAAAAAAAAGACUUUGAAGUCAGUCAACUAAACAGCAAACUUGAAGACGAACAAUCCAUAAUUAUUCAGCUCCAGAAAAAAUUGAAGGAGUUGCAGGCUCGUGUAGAAGAACUGGAAGAGGAGCUUGAGGCAGAGCGAGCUGCCCGAGCCAAGGUGGAGAAACAGAGAGCAGACUUGGCCAGAGAGCUGGAGGAGAUCAGUGAGAGGCUGGAGGAGGCUGGCGGAGCAACUUCUGCCCAGAUUGAGAUGAACAAGAAGAGGGAGGCCGAGUUCCUGAAGCUCCGCAGAGACCUUGAAGAGGCCACUCUACAACACGAGGCCACCGCUGCCACACUCCGGAAGAAGCAAGCUGACAGUGUGGCCGACCUUGGGGAGCAGAUCGACAACCUGCAGAGAGUCAAGCAGAAGCUGGAGAAGGAGAAGAGCGAGCUCAGACUGGAGCUGGACGAUGUGGUCUCCAACAUGGAACAUACGGUGAAGUCUAAGAUUAACUUGGAGAAAAGUAGCAGAACUAUGGAAGAUCAGAUGAAUGAAUACAGAAUCAAGUGUGAGGAAUACCAAAGAUCUAUCAAUGACUUUGUAACUCAAAGGGGAAAACUUCAGGCUGAAAAUGGUGAGUUUUCAAGACAGCUGGAAGAGAAAGAAUCUCUUGUCUCGCAACUGACCAGAGGAAAGACUUCUUACAGCCAGCAGCUUGAAGAUCUGAAAAGGCAGUUGGAAGAGGAAGUCAAGGCCAAGAAUGCAUUAGCCCAUGCAGUGCAGUCCUCCCGCCAUGACUGCGACCUGCUGAGAGAGCAGUUUGAGGAGGAGCAGGAGGCCAAGGCUGAGCUCCAGCGCAGCAUGUCCAAGGCUAACUCAGAGGUGGCUCAGUGGAGAACCAAGUAUGAAACUGAUGCCAUCCAGAGGACUGAGGAACUAGAGGAGGCCAAGAAGAAGCUGGCCCAGCGUCUUCAGGAUGCUGAGGAGGCUGUGGAGGCAGUCAAUGCUAAAUGUUCCUCCCUGGAGAAGACCAAACACAGACUGCAGAAUGAGAUUGAAGAUCUCAUGGUGGAUGUGGAGAGGUCUAAUGCUGCUGCUGCCGCUCUGGACAAGAAGCAAAGAAACUUUGACAAAGUCCUAUCAGAGUGGAAGCAGAAGUUUGAGGAGUCUCAGUGUGAGCUGGAGAGCUCCCAGAAGGAGGCACGGUCUCUGAGCACUGAACUCUUCAAACUGAAGAACUCCUACGAGGAAUCUCUGGAUCACCUGGAGACCAUGAAGAGAGAGAACAAGAACCUCCAAGAGGAGGUUUCUGACCUUACUGAGCAACUCGGUGAGGGCUCAAAGACCAUUCAUGAGUUAGAGAAGAUCCGAAAGCAGAUGGAUCAAGAAAAGAGUGAGAUUCAAGCUGCUCUUGAGGAAGCAGAGGCUUCCCUUGAGCAUGAGGAGGGCAAGAUUCUCAGAGCCCAGCUGGAGUUUAACCAGAUAAAGGCUGAGAUUGAACGCAAGAUGGCGGAGAAGGAUGAGGAGAUGGAGCAGAGCAAGAAGAACAUGCAGAGGAACAUUGAUACCCUGCAAAGCUCUCUUGAGUCAGAGACCCGCAGCAGGAAUGAGGCCCUGCGCAUAAAGAAGAAGAUGGAGGGAGACCUCAAUGAAAUGGAGAUCCAGCUCAGCCAGGCCAACCGGCAGGCGUCUGAAGCCCAGAAGCAGCUCAAGUCUGUCCAUGCUCAUCUCAAGGACUGUCAGAUUCAGCUGGACGAAUCUCUUCGGUCCAAUGAUGAUCUGAAGGAGAACAUUGCUAUGGUUGAAAGGCGUAACAACCUGAUGCAGGCUGAACUGGAGGAGCUCAGGGCCUUGGUGGAACAAACCGAGCGAGCUCGCAAGCUUGCUGAGCAGGAGCUCCUUGAUGUCACUGAGAGGGUGCAGCUACUUCACUCACAGAACACCAGCCUGAUAAACCAGAAGAAGAAGCUGGAGGCCGAUUCGUCCCAGCUUCAGUCUGAGGUGGAGGAGGCUGUGCAGGAGUGCAGGAAUGCUGAGGAAAAGGCCAAGAAGGCCAUUACUGAUGCGGCCAUGAUGGCAGAGGAGCUGAAGAAGGAGCAGGACACCAGCUCUCACCUGGAGCGCAUGAAGAAGAACAUGGAGCAGACCAUCAAGGACCUGCAGCACCGCCUGGAUGAGGCUGAGCAGAUUGCUAUGAAGGGGGGCAAGAAGCAGAUCCAGAAGCUCGAGAACAGGGUGAAGGAACUAGAGAAUGAAGUUGAAGCAGAGCAGAAGAAGAACGGUGAGGCGAUCAAGGGGAUUCGCAAAUAUGAACGUCGCCUCAAGGAGCUGACCUACCAGACUGAAGAGGAUCGUAAGAACGUGGCUCGUCUCGAAGACCUGGUAGACAAGCUGCAGCUGAAGGUCAAAGCCUACAAGAGGACAUCUGAGGAGGCUGAGGAACAGGCAAACACCCACCUGGGCAAGUUCCGUAAGCUGCAGCAUGAGCUGGACGAGGCUGAGGAGAGAGCGGACAUCGCUGAGACACAGGUCAACAAGCUGAGGGCCAAGAGCCGCGACGGGGGCUCCAAGAAAGGGUUUGAUGAGGAGUGAAGCUCUGGAUACUUCCUGCAAUCCUAUGUCUUCUGUGUGUAGUACAAUGCUCACCACAUAUAGGGUUCAAUAAAAACUCAUCAUGCAAAAAC